UAAGCAGAUGUACUAUAUCUCAUGCAGGGUAAGGAUAUGUUACCGAUCAUACGAAAGGAGCUUUCGUGCGCGCCUAGCAAUCCUCCCUGUACAAUCAUGGUUGGCAAUAAAUAUACGAGCUACCCCUCACAUCUCACCCUCAACACCUCUUGAAAACACUGCAAUGGAAGCCAUCAUAACCUUACAGCGAUUCUACAUAUUCUGCGCGCUUGCAGCUUUGUAUGUUUUCAUUGGAAGAUUCAUACAAUACUGGCGAUUGCGCCAGUUCAAAGGACCGCCAACCUCUGGAUGGAGUUGGUGGUGGCAUUCGAGGGCUGUGUUAUCGAGAGCUUUGUACUGGCAUUACAGCAAUGCCACAGAUCGAUACGGCCCCAUUGCCCGUGUAGCACCAAACCUCCUGGUUACUUCUGAUGGCGACCUUUGGGCAAGAUUGAAUGCUACAAGAACGGCAUACUAUAGAGGAGAAUGGUGGUACCAUUGUGCUCGAAUUGAAGCAGGGAAGGACAACGUGUUCACAGAAUGUGACAACGAGAAACAUGAUCAAAGAAGGAAAAAGUUGGCUUUUGGGUAUUCUGGUAAAGACAACUUCGCCUUAGAGUCAUCGAUUGACGUACACAUCAAGGAGCUUGUUCAUUUGAUCUCAUCGAAAUACGUCACUUCAUCCUCCGGAAAUGAAGUAACAAAACCCAUGGACCUAGCUGCGAAGAUGCAGUACUUUACACUUGAUGUAAUCAGCCAUAUCGGGCUAGGUACACCUUUUGGCCAUUUGAAAACUGAUCAAGACGUAAAUGGCUACCUCAAGUCCAUGGAAGAGGGUUUGUGGAUUGCGACUACAAUAUUUGGUCUUGGAAUGAACUGGUUAAGAAAUUCCCCACUUGGCCCCUCAGAAAAGGAUCAGGCAGGCUUUGGGAAGAUGAUGGCAGAAGCUCGAAAGAUAGUGGAAGAUCGAAAAGCAUACAACUGCUGGAGCAUUGAGAAUUACCAUGUUAUUCAUCAUGAGCCAUCCGCGGGCUUACAUGAAGCUGCAGGGGCAGAAAUUGAUGGCGCUGUCAAAGCGGGUAUCACUGCCAAAAACUCAGAAGACAUUAUUUCGGAGUUCGAAGCACGUCGUUUGCCAUAUCUAAGUGCAGUGAUCCGCGAAGGUAUGCGCAUUCAUCCUCCAGUGGUCUGUCUGUUCCCACGAGUCGCUCCUCCAUCAGGCGAUGUGGUACAGGUCAGCGGCAAAGAAUACUUUAUCCCAGGAGGCACGAUGAUCGGAUAUGCAAGCUGGGCUAUGCACCGAACCAACAAAUCUGUAUAUGGCGAAGAUGCUGAGACGUUUCGACCCGAGCGAUGGCUUUUGGAUCAGGAAGUGCCCGAAGAGAAACAGCGUCUAUCUCAAAUGACAAAGAUCAAUGAUAUGAUAUUCGGCCACGGAAGGUGGAAUUGCUUGGGGAAGUCAAUCGCACUUUUGGAGCUCCACAAGACCAUCUUUGAGCUAUUCAAGCAUUUCGACUUCGCUUUGGCAAAUCCACACCAAAGUCUGAAGGCCAUCGAUUCAAUGGGUCUGUGGGAGAUCAAGGAUAUGAACGUGAUUGUUACAGAGCGCCAGUAA